AUGCAGUCACAUGCAGGACAGACCAGUGUUCCUGUUGGUCCACGGCAGAAUUUACCAAGAAUUGUACUAAGGGGGAUCUUCCAGGGCAGUAAAGUUGUUCGAGGACCGGAUUGGGAUUGGGGCAAUCAAGAUGGUGGGGAAGGCAAAAUUGGGAAAGUAGUUGAUAUUCGUGGCUGGGAUACUGAGUCAGGGCGAAGUGUUUCGAGUGUCACCUGGUCAAACGGGACAACCAACGUCUAUCGAAUGGGCCACAAAGGAAAGGUUGAUUUAAAGUAUGUCACAGAUUCUGCAGGAGGCUACUACUACAAAGAUCAUUUGCCAAAACUAGGUGAACAUGUUGAACUCCCCAGGCAAGAGAGUGCUGAUGGCCACUCAUUCCAGCACAAUGACAAGGUGAAAUGCCUUCUUGAUGUAGAUAUUCUUCGCCAGAUGCAGGAAGGACAUGGAGGAUGGAAUCCUAAAAUGGCUGAGUAUAUUGGGCGGACUGGUACAGUGCACAGAAUAACUGACCGAGGAGAUGUGAGAGUUCAGUACAGCAAUAAUAUUCGAUGGACCUUCCACUCUGGAGCUCUUACCAAGGUUGACACAUUCACAGUCGGUGAUAUUGUUCGCGUGAUGGAUGAUUUAGAAACUGUAAAGAGGCUUCAAAGCGGUCAUGGAGAAUGGACAGACAGCAUGACUCCAGCACUGGGACAGGUUGGGAAGGUAUUAAAAGUAUAUGGCGAUGGAGAUUUACGCGUGGGAGUUGGGGGCCAAACCUGGACCUUUAAUCCUGCGUGUGUAACUGCAGCACAACCAGGAGAAGUAGAUGCCAACCUCAUGACAACAGACAACACAAAUGAUUCAGCAAGUUCAGUUAUCUCUGUCCUAGAAAAAUUGCUGUCACAGUCGACAGAUCAGAACAAUCCUGGACGGAUAGUGAUUGAAGCUGCUCAUGGCAACGCUGCAAAGGUCCGAGAUUUGGUUCAGAAAUAUCCAGAAAAGGUUGAUAUUAAGAAUCAAGGCAAGACAGCACUGCAGGUGGCUGCUCAUCAGGGACACCUCGAGGUGGUGAAAAUUCUUCUGCAGGCAAAUGCUAAGCUCGAGAUUCAUGAUGAGGAUGGCGACACAGCGCUACAUUAUGCAUCGUUUGGAAACCAGCCUGAAGUGGUGAAACUGCUUCUCAGCAAAAGUGCAAAUGUCAAUCUACUCAACGCCUCAACGUGUUCUGCUCUGCACAUUGCAGUCAACAAGGGCUUUACAGAAGUCGUGCAUGCCCUUUGCGAAUAUAAUUGCAACGUUAAUCUGCAGGAUUCAUAUGGAGAUACUCCUUUACAUGAUGGAAUUGCAAAAGACUACAGAGAUAUUAUUGAAAUCCUGACAGAAGUGACAAACAUCGAUUUCACUCAACAAAAUAAUCGUGGCUUCAACUUGCUUCACCAUGCAGCCUUAAAAGGCAAUAAACUAGCCACAGAGAAAAUUUUAGCCAGAGCACGGCAGCUGGUGGAUGUGAAGAAGGAGGAUGGUUUUGCAGCCCUCCAUCUUGCUGCCCUGAACAACCAUAAAGAAGUAGCUGAAGUUUUAAUUAAAGAGGGUCGCUGUGAGACUAACGUUCGGAAUAAUCGGAACCAGACUCCUUUGCAACUUUCGGUUACGCAGGGUCACACUGACAUGGUCCAGCUCUUGGUUACUGAAGGCUGCGAUGUGAAUGCAGAGGAUGAAGAUGGCGAUACCGCUAUGCAUGUGGCACUCUGCCGUCAGCAGCUGGCAACUACCAUGCUAUCACGGGAAGGCGAUACCAGCUCACUUUAUGCAAAUUUGCAGGCUUCUGGGUUAUUGGGAUCUACAGACCUUAGCGUAGGUGCUGCCAUUGCCUGCUUCCUGGCCCAGGAGGGUGCUGAUAUUAACUACACUAACUACAAGGGCAAAACACCACUCGAUCUGGUCACAAAUGGCAGGAUUAUACAGAUGGUCAAGAGUUUUGCAGAGAAAUUCAGGGGAUCACAGCUGCAAUCAGCAGGGACAACAGUUCUGCGGCGAGUCCACACAACUCCAAAUACUAUGACAAAUCUUUUACUGCCAGCAUCAGCGGGUCCAGCUGAGUGCCUAGUGUGUUCUGAGCUGUCCCUACUGGUUCAGUUUUCCCCCUGUCAACACUCUGUAGUCUGUGAAGAGUGUUCUGUAAGAAUGAAGAAAUGCAUCAAAUGCCAAGUGUCCAUUACAAAGAAAAUUAGACAUGAUAACACAGAAGUUGAAAGCAGCUCCAAUGCUGAACCUCCAGACCAGAGAAAACUGCUGGAACAGCUCCAGUCUCGAUACAGACAGAUGGAAGAAAGGAUAACGUGUCCUAUAUGCAUUGACAACCAGAUUAAACUGGUGUUCCAGUGUGGCCAUGGUUCCUGUCUGGAGUGCAGUGUUGCCCUGAAAGCGUGCCCUAUUUGUCGUCAGAACAUUCGAGAACGCAUACAGAUUUUUGUUUGAUGCAUGGCAAGCCUUCUUUUCUAUAACAAUGUUCUUUCGGAACAUUCUAAGUACUGUACCUUUUCUGUGGUACGUUGUGUUUGUGUUUGUAAUCAUCUUCAGAUUUAGUCCUUGGCACUUUGGCAUCAGUGCAAUCAGAAUCCAUGUGAUUGAGGUCUGUACGUGCUGUUAUCCAGCAAGUGACUAGAACUGCAUUUUUGAUAACUCACAUGCCCACUGUGCAGAUUCAGUGGCUGAUAUGUUAACAACAAAACAGCAAAGUUGUACAUAACAACAUGAAGCGAGUUUAUUGGCCAUUGAAUGUCAGCCCUGUUAAUAGUUGCAACUGCUUGAGCAAUGCACAAAGCUGCAGUAAAACUAACCUUACUGUGUAUGUAUUUAUAUAAAAACUACCGUGUAAUAUAAUCCAUAAUCUGACAACUGUGGCUUAUGGUAAGUUGUAUAUAUUUAAACGUUCCAGGAAUAUAAAAUGACACUUCAACAAUCUUCACAUAUGAUACCAAUCAACCAAUGCUAGCUUUUUACAUCUGCAUCUCUAUCUAGCAACAAAACAGCAGCUUCAGUAUCAGAGAACAAAUUAUUUCAAAUAAUAAAAUCAUUAAUUUUUGAAAGCUUCAUUUAAAACAUACCUUCUUAUCACUUUUGUUUCUGCAAUUGUAGCUUGAUUGGACAGCUAAAAUAUUAUAUUGAAUGUUGUAGUCCUGGAUAUGUGGUAAAAUGGCAGAUGGUUGAACAACAAAGGUAACAGCUAGAAUAUUAAACUGAUUAAUCAAACAUUUGCACUUACAGCACAAAGCUCAAUGUUUAACUCACCGUUUAUAAAUAGACGGUUAAUAGCCUGGAACCACAAUUAGGUGAUUUGAUUCGAUUCACUAUAUCAAAGUGACACAGCAAAGUAAAACAGUAAUGAAGAUAAAUUUCAAGUUUCAUAGAAAAUAAUUGGAAUUAAUGCUUGUUUUGAUUUGUGAACAAUUAAUCUUCUCACCCAGACAUUCUAAUGUGUUUAUGUUUAAAUAUUCCAGGAAAAUAAAAAUCAAUGGAAAUAUGAAUCGGUCACGGUUGUAUCAAGGAUUCCAAAACUAAGAGACCAUUCACAUUCACUGGUCUAAUUUUCACAUUGUUUUGCUCCCUCGCGUACAAUAUACAGAGGUGAGGUUAGUGUAGUAAUGAGGUUCUGAAUCUGAAUAACUACUGUACUGUGUUCCUUGUAAAGGUGUUAUUACUAGAUGUGCUAGUGAAAGCAAGACAGCAGAGCUUAAAUACUUUAAACUUAAUGCUAGCAAACCCUUCACUAUGGUUUUCUUUUGGUGUCUAAUUAGAAUGUAAAUUGUACAUUAGAUUUGUGAGCCUGUGGUUCAACCUGAAAUUUUAAGACUUAGCGAGAUUGUGACGAUAUCAUUGUAUAGUAAAGAUCUUUAUUUACCAGGGAAAGUUGUUACAUUGAAUCACAAUGUUUAAGUAAAUUCACCUCCUGAGGAAAACCUAGAAAAUGCAAUCAAUUCAUCAGCCAAGAUUAAGAUCUCAAGUUCACAAUUUUCAUAAAUUUGUUGGAAAAUGCUAGAAUAUACAUAUGGUGUUUUCAUUUGUAAAAAUAAAAUUCAAAGAAAAUUGCAUUGACAAGAGAUUCUACCUUUCAAUGUGAUGUUUAUGUACCACUAUCUCAGGACUAAAUUGCUUGUUUAUUUCAAUUGAAAGACUUUGAAGAAAUGCUACUCUGGCUAGCAUCACUUUGAUUAAGAACGUGAUUUAACAGUGAAAAGUGAGAUUUGAAGAAGAGCAUGCCAACAUUUGGAGAUGAUUAUUGCAUUUUGUGAGUUUACUUUUGCGAGAUAUAUUCCACCAAUUUAAACCAUAAAGAUACAAGUUUAACUAAUGACUCUGGUCAAGAUAACAAAUUUGCAACCACAAAUUAGAAAAGCAAAGUAGACUUCAUGUAAUUUGCUUGGUGUAUAGAUAAUGUUGCUUGAUCUGUUAGUAUUCAGUACAUUUUUCUUUAACCUGAUGAAAUUAUUAGUAUGUCAUUUAGCUAAAAUGUUGCUUAACUCAACAGCCUUCAUGAAGUUGAAUUGUACAGAUAUGGGACAACAGGUUACAUGUGCCAAACAGAUUGUAUGACUGUGGAAAGUGUAUGGUCAGGAAUUGCUGUUUAAAUAAACUUGCAGUUCCUAAAUACCUGGCUUUCUUGUGCACAUUCCUCUUCGAUCUUAAAAUCUUUCUUAAAAUUAAGGAAGGUGCAUACUGCAAGUUGAUAUUCGAAUCUUGGAUCAUUGAAGGACGAUUCUGCUGUGUCAUUUCUUGGAGUUGACAGAAGGUGUAAACCAGAGUCUGUUUUGGAGAAGGAGUGGCAGGAAUAUUUCUAGCCAUUGCUGAACUUGGUUUUCUAUUUGUGAAGGCAGACUAGCCAUAUGAACUCAGGAUUUGACUUUUUAGCAAGAAACAACUUUUUCAGAAAUUGAUCAACCAAUUAGGAAAACGUGGGCAGUGUUGUGAAGAUGAUUUGAGAGCAGUGAUUUCUAAUGCAUCACGUGUGGGUCAGAAAACCUCAGCUCUGUUAUUUCUGGAAGUAAUGUUUAACAGAUCCUUUAAUUGUGGGAUAGUGGAGGAAAGUUGCAAUAAACUAUCUUUGUGGGCUUCAGAGAUUAGUAAGAGACGGAGUGUUACUGCAUUGUGUCUGCUCCUUUGCACACUUUAACAAUGAGAAUUUUUAUGCUUGGAAGAAUUGAACAGAAAGAUGAGCAAAAAGUGUUACUGCAAAUAGAAUGGAAAAUGUUAGACUCCAGCACUUUGUUAUUAUAUUUUAGCUUGCCAUCUACAUUGGGAGUUUUGUUCUCAUGGUCAUCUUGUUUCCUGCUGGGUUACUGUAUCCUCAUGUUGAAGUUCCAAACUGUGAAUAAAUUAUUUUGAAUUAC